AUGCGAGGCUUUAAAAGACUGUUUACCGGUGGCACUUUGUGGACUUGGAGGAGUAAACGGACAAGUCAACCAGGAGGGACAUCAUUUUCAUCAUGCAGUACAAAAGUGUGUGUUGUUGGUAGUGGGCCAGCAGGCUUCUACACAGCACAGCACUUGAUCAAGGCACGUCAAGAUGUUGAGGUGGACAUUUACGAGCGACUGCCUGUCCCUUUUGGCCUUGUUAGGUUUGGGGUUGCUCCUGAUCAUCCUGAAGUGAAGAAUGUCAUCAACUCGUUUACGCAGACAGCUAAACAUGCACGCUGUCGUUUUUACGGAAACGUAAACGUCGGGAAAGACGUGAGCGUUCAAGAGCUGCGGCAAGCGUACCAUGCAGUAAUACUGAGUUAUGGGGCGGAGGGAAACCGGAGGAUGGGGAUCCCUGGAGAAGACCUAACAGGGGUGUAUUCUGCCAAAGACUUUGUGGGCUGGUACAAUGGAUUGCCAAGCUGUCGGGAGCUGAGCCCCGACCUGAGUUGUGAAACUGCAGUCAUUCUGGGACAAGGCAAUGUGGCUUUGGACGUCGCCAGAAUAUUACUGUCCCCGAUUGACAUUUUAAAGAAAACCGACAUCACUCAGUCAGCCCUGGAAGCGUUAAUGGAGAGCAAGGUCUGCAGGGUGCUUAUUGUCGGCAGGAGAGGACCCAUGCAGGUUGCGUGCACAAUUAAGGAGCUUCGAGAAAUGGUGAAGCUACCAGGCACCAGACCGGAGAUGCUGCAAAAAGAUUUUGUGGGUGUCUCGGAGGCCCUAUCAGAUUUGCCAAGACCGAGAAAACGUCUCACAGAGCUAAUGCUAAAAACCGCCGUCGAGCUUCCGACGGAGGAGGAAGGAGAACGAAGAGCCAAAUGCUCGCGCAGUUGGGGACUUCGAUUCUUCCGAAGUCCCGUCCGGGUCCUGCCCAAUUCUGACGGAACGGGGAUAGAAGCCAUCCGACUGGCAGUCAACAAACUGGAGGGUUCAGGUGAGGCUGCUCGUGCGGUGCUCACUGACGAGUUAGAGGAUGUGACCUGUGGCCUUGUCAUUAGCAGUAUCGGCUACAAGAGCCUCCACAUUGACCCAGCGGUGCCAUUUGACCCCGACAAAGCCAUAGUUCCCAACCAAAUGGGACGGGUUCAACAAGCUCCAGGUUUGUACUGUAGCGGCUGGCUCAAGACGGGCCCAACUGGUGUGAUCGCCACCACUAUGAAUAAUAGUUUUGACACUGCAAAAUCCUUGAUGGAAGACUUGGAUUCAGGAAUUUUGGACACAUCGGCCGCUAAAUCUGGGGCACAAAAUAUCACAACUCUACUUGAGAAGAGAGGAGUAAUCCCGGUGACCUUCUCGGAUUGGGAAAAGAUUGACCAUUUGGAAACAAGGAGGGGCGAGUCCAUAGGAAAACCAAGAGAAAAACUGCUGACUGUAGAAGCAAUGCUCCAAGUGGCAUGGGCCUGA